AUGGACGGCGACAAGGCGUACCUCGACCGGCUCGACGGAGUCGACCAGGCUGCCCUGGACGCGGGCGAUCUUGCUGCGCUCGGCCAUGCUGAGACGCUCACCCGCAAGUUUGAUAUCUGGAGCAUGCUCGCUCUGGCCUUUUGCAUUCUCGGUACCUGGAGCACCUGUGCCCAGGAUCUGGCGACCGGCCUUCUCAACGGUGGCCCUGUGGCUAUCCUCUGGGGUCUCGUGCUCGUCUUCGCUUGCAACCUCUGCGUCGCCGUCUCUCUUGGUGAACUGUGCAGCAGCAUGCCUACUGCCCUUGGCCAGGCCUUCUGGAUCUCUCGUCUGUGGGAUACCCCGUGGGGUCGUCGUGCCUCCUACAUGUGUGCCUGGAUCAACACCUUUGGCUGGUGGACCCUGACUGCAUCCCAGAAUGCCUUCAUGACCCAAUUCCUCCUUGGCAUGAAACUCAUGUUUGAUCCUGAUUGGGAAGGCGCCAACAAGGGCUGGGUCAAGUUCCUCGUCUACAUCGGCAUCACCGUCGGCUUUUCCGUCUUCAAUCACAUUGCCUGCCGCAAUGAAAAAGUCCUACCAGGUUUCAACAACUUUGUCGCCUUUGGCUUCGUUGGCCUCUUCAUUGCCCUCAUCCUUGGCCUGCCCAUCACCGUCGGCACUAGACCCCAGCUGCAUUUUCAAAGUGCGGCAUUUGUCUUUGGCAAAUGGACCAAUAACACUGGCUGGAGCGACGGCGUCACCUGGUUCCUUGGUCUCGUCCAGUCGGCCUACGGUCUCACUGCCUUUGACUCUGUUAUCCACAUGGUGGAAGAGAUCCCCAAUCCCCGAAAGCAGACACCCAUGACCAUGUACAUGUCGGUCAUCUGCGGUGCUGUCUCUGGUUGGAUUUUCCUCUGCGUGUGCCUAUUUUGCAUUCAGGACCUCAAGGCCCUCCAGGAGCCUGCCUCGGGUCAGCCGUUCAUCGAGCUCAUCCAGGACGUCGUUGGCCUCAAAGGUGCCGCUGUGUUCGUCGCCCUGUUCACAUUCAAUGGCAUGGGCCAGGGCAUCAGCGUCAUGACUUCUGCCUCGCGACUUACCUGGAGUUUUGCUCGCGACGGCGGCAUCCCCUUUGCCCGCUACUUUGCCCAUGUCGACGCGUACUGGCUCAUGCCUGUGCGUGCCCUUUGGCUGCAGGCUGGCAUCAUCUCGCUCGUUGGUGUCCUGUACCUCUUUGCCGAUACUGUCCUGCAGGCCAUUCUUAGCGUCAGCACCAUUGCCCUCACCAUCUCCUACGCCAUGCCCAUCAUUGCCCUGAUGCUUGCUGGCCGCGAGCGCCUCCCGCCCGGUGGCAGUUUUCGCCUCGGAAAGUUGGGGCCGUUCCUCAACUGGGUCUCGGUCAUCUACUGUAGCGUAUCGACCGUCUUCUUCUUCUUCCCCUCGGCGCCCAACCCUGGCAUCCCCGACAUGAACUGGGCCAUUGCCGUCUUUGGCAUCAUGCUCGUCGUCUCCAUCAGUUUUUGGUUCCUGCAGGGCAGGCGCACCUACAUGGAGAUGCAGGACUUGCCCGAGAAUAUCCUGGUCAACAGUGAUGCCGCCCCUGAGACGUACGGCACGUUUGAAGCCGACUCGUCGCAGUCGUCAACUGCCGGACCGUCCUCGGCUAGGUGA